AGUAUAUUUGGGUUCUAUUGCAGCCUGGAAUUGGAAGUUACCGCCAUUCUUCUUUUACUCUUCAGGACCAUCAAUCAAAACGUUCUUAAGCUUCUCAACUUCCUCAUCACUCCUGGAAUUCCAAGCAUUCUCUGCCCCGUCGCCGGAUUUUUCCUCAUACCUCCAUUCUAGGUUUACAGGCGGAGCCUCGUUCUUAUCAUGUGUGUUUCUCCAUGGCUAACUUGAGAACCGACUCUCCAGUCGCUUGUCGCAUCGUUCGUGCCUUUCUCGACUUCCUUAACUCCGUGGAACCGGGUCCAGGUGUUGAUGUCGAAGGCCUCGAGGUCGCAAAACAAUGUUUAGAACAAGUGUUUAAAGUUGAGUCUCCUGCUGCCGACGAGUUGACGAAAUUCGAUUCACUGGUAGACAUUUUUAGUUCACCAGAAUCUUCUCAGCGUUCUGGAACCAGUUCAUUUGUUGAUAAUGGAGCUGUUCCAAUGGAUCAUCACAGUCCUCUCGAUGUGAAUGAUUCUGAUGCCAUUUUGUUAAAGUCGAAUCCUCAGGGGAAUGAUUGGUCGAGAGAGUCUCAUCCCGUUGGAGUAUUGCAAGAUGAACUUUUUGGGCAAUUUGUUCUUGCACUUGAAAAACUUCACUACUUUAGGACUACAGCAGAUGGGAGGGAUGAUCCUGACCAACUCGAGCGAGCAACACGUUUGUUUCAUGAUGCGCUUGGAGAGAUGAAAAGAUCUGGAUGCACUGAAAUUAAUCACAAAAAUCUGGCUGAGUCCUUGAAAUCCCUUGGUAACGGCGCUAUGCAGUCAAAACUAUACACUGACGCAAUUGAGUUAUAUAGCUGUGCAAUCGCACUAUGUGAAAAUAAUGCCAUUUACUACUGUAACAGGGCGGCUGCUUACACCCAAAUCCAGAAAUACUGUGAAGCAACAAGAGACUGUUUGAAAUCCAUUGAGAUUGAUCCAAAUUAUAGCAAGGCAUAUAGUCGUCUGGGCUUGGCUCUAUAUGACCAGGGAAACUAUCGGGAUGCCAUUGAUAAGGGAUUCAUGAGAGCCUUGCAGUUGGAUCCAAACAAUGACGCUGUCAAGGAAAAUAUUCGAGUAGCUGAACAGAAAUUAAAGGAAGCACAGCGUCAAACUCAACAUGAGCAGGGUUCAACAAGUCGAAGUCGAGAAUUCCAAAACCAGUCUGGUGGUGGAGGGUCAAGGAAUGACAGCCCCCCAUCUCCUCCUCCUUUUCCUUCUAUGCCAUUUAAUGUCACUCUACCUUCUGAAAUUUCAAACAUGUUCAUGAACAUGGCUGCCAAUGCUACAAACCCAUUGCACGGGCAACAUCCCGAAGACAGAAGAGAAGCGAAUAGAAGCGGAAAUGGUUCAGGCGAUCCCGGAACGAAUAUGGAUGGAAAUUUCAGUUUCAGCAUUGGAGAUGGAAUGCCACAGGAUAUCAAUGGUGCUUUGAGAUCUAUGAUGCAGAUGUUCACCGGAGCAGCAGCCCCUGGUGGAAACCCUCAGGAGAACGUCAAUGGAAGGCCCCCACAAGGCUGAAAACAAUUGGUUGGUAUUUUAUUGCACAGAAUCCCUUCUAUUUUACUGCUUUUUUAUUGCCUUCCUUUCUGUUUGCUCGUAUUUAGUUGUGAUUUCCAUGCCUUUUACAUCCUUCCUUUGGGCGGUGGGUAUGAAUCUUUGGGACAAAAAUCUUCAAAUAAGUGUUCUAUAUUAGCCACUUAACUAACUUGUUUUUUUAUUUUAUUAUUUUUAUUUUUUUUAAAUUGAACUGUUCUAUGAAUUUUGCAUCUUAUUAUAGAAGCU